AUGGUUUUGGAAGGCACGACGCUGGUUCCCUACGUAGCUAGGUUUAUCAGAAAAAAGUUCAUCGUCGUGGCAGUCAUGGCGAGCGGAUGGGUGGCUCUAGUCCUUAUGGCUGUGAAUAUAGUACAAUCCCAUGAAAACAACGGCCUCGAAGAUAUUGUACCGCCUAUAUAUGAGCCAUCAUGGAUGUACAAGUGCUUGCCCGAGGAAGGCUGCAUACGAUCGGACGAGCCUCAUCCAACGACAAACAACGUUACCAACCUCACGUUCAACAGCUUGGAUAUCUGCAGAACAGUUUGUGGGAGAUUAGGCGGUCUAUGGCCCAGGCCAGUAACGGCUGUGUUGAGCACGCGGACUGUUAAAAUACAUCCGAAUUAUCUCAGAUUCGACUUGGAAAAAGUUCCUGUUGAAGCUCGGGAGAUCAUGGCUGCAAUGACUCAAGUUGUGGGUUCGAAUCUGCUGGCAGAGUGCGAUGGCGAAGUCACAGAGGUUGUGGAGACGCCUGUAAUUGUCUUCAUAAGCGUGAAAUCUGCCGACACAUCUCUCCAUUGGGAAACUGAAGAGCAAUAUAUGCUUGAUCUAGCAUCAAAAGAGGGACAAAUAACAGUAUACAUCAUGGCAGAGACAGUGUAUGGAGCUCGUCACGCUUUAGAAACUUUUACACAAUUGGUUGCAUCAGAGAAGUCUGAUUACUCCAAUCAGAAAAAAUGUGGUCUUCAAAUAGUCGCCGGUGCAAGAAUUCGUGAUCGGCCAGUGUAUAGGCAUAGAGGCUUGUUACUAGACAGCAGCCGGCACUUCAUCCCGAUGACUGACAUCAAGAGGACUAUUGACGGAAUGGCUGCUAACAAAAUGAACGUCUUCCACUGGCACGUCACUGACACACAUAGUUUCCCUUUGGAAUCUAGUAGAGUACCGCAGUUUACGAGGUAUGGAGCAUAUUCCGCAAAGGAGAUUUACUCCGUGGAAGAAGUGAGGGAUUUCAUAAAAUAUGCACAGAUUCGCGGCGUCCGUGUAGUCAUAGAGAUCGAUGCGCCCGCUCAUGCUGGUAACGGAUGGCAAUGGGGAAAGGAGUACGGUUACGGGGAUUUGGCCGUGUGUGUUAACGCGAAUGCUUGGCGUCACUUGUGCAUUCAGCCUCCUUGCGGUCAGCUCAACCCAGCCAAUCCUGCUAUGUAUCGCGUACUGCGAGACUUGUAUCGGGACAUCGCUGAAAUGGUGACAAAACCAGCGUUGCUGCAUAUGGGUGGUGAUGAGGUGUUCUUCAAUUGCUGGAAUGCCAGUGAGGAAAUUACAGACUAUAUGAGGCAGAAAAACUAUGAGAUUAGCUUAAAUGGAUUUAUAGACCUCUGGUCUGAAUUCCAUGAAAAGGCGCUGCAGGCUUGGGAUGAAGAAUUAGAAGCGGCAGGUGGAACGAAACAACCUGUUAUGUUGUGGUCUUCAGAAUUGACACAGGUUCGUAGGAUCCAGCAGCAUCUAAGUAAUGAGAGGUACGUUAUCGAAGUUUGGGAGCCAGUGGAUAGCCCACUCUUAGAACAACUUAUAAAGAUGCAUUACCGGGUAGUAUCCGUACCUAAAGACAUCUGGUACCUGGACCACGGUCUCUGGGGUGUGACAAAGUAUUCCAACUGGAGACGGAUGUAUGCCCAUAUGUUGCCAAGGGAAGAAAAUGUGUUGGGCGGUGAGGUGGCAAUGUGGACUGAGUAUGUGGAUAAAGAAGGAAUAGACACUCGCAUCUGGCCCCGCGCAGCGGCGGUGGCGGAGCGGCUGUGGUCGGACCCCAGCGCCAGCGUGUACUCGGCCGAGCGCCGCCUGCAGCGCCAGCGCGGCCGCCUGCUGGCGCGCGGCCUGCGCCCCGACGCCAUCGCGCCCGGCUGGUGCGAGCAGCACGACGCCAAGUGCCUCUAG